AUGGGCCAGAUGAUCAAUGUCUCUGUGACAUCACUCACAUCUGAGGUCUCCUUUUCAUCAGGCUCAUCCGAGUCCUCUCUCUCGUCCUCGGUAUCCUCCGCCUCGUCACAAUCACAUACCUCGUCAGCCUCAUCGCCUUCGUCGACCAACGCCAGCACUGCCGAUGACGAAGAUACUACAUGCAAUUCUGGCUCAAAUGCCAGCACCACAUGCCCAGCCUCAAAAACAACAGCCAUCAGCGCCGGACUUGGGGCUGCAUUGGGCGGGUGCCUUCUGAUCGCUGUUGUCACGAUGCUCAAUGCAGCGGCGAAUCUAUAG